AUGGCUGUGACCGUUGUGUUGAUGAUAAGUCUUGCGGCCGUACUGCAACCAUCUGCCGGACAGGGGCCUAUCGCUUCCUUGUCGACUGAUCGUGCUGAUCAGCAAAAGGAGAUUACUAACAAGCAUAAUGCUCUCCGGAGAAGCGUGAAGCCAAGUGCCAGCAACAUGUUGAGAAUGGAAUGGUCUCCGGCCGCUGCUGAGAAUGCUAAACGCUGGGCACAGCAAUGCAACCAAAAUCACAGCCCAUCAGAUAAAAGAACCGUCAAUGGAAUAGGAUGCGGUGAAAAUCUCUACAUGUCAACUGCACCUAAUUCAUGGUCUAAAGCGAUCGAUGCUUGGUUCAGCGAGGUGAAAGAUUUCCGUUAUGGUCAAGGAAGUGUAACAGGCGCUCAAACGGGCCAUUACACACAGCUGACUUGGUACCGGUCCUACUUGCUUGGCUGCGCGGUCGCCCACUGUCCUCGGAGCAGAUUCGCUUACUACUUCGUUUGCCACUACUGCCCGGCAGGAAAUAUCAUAGGCUCAAUCAAUAAGCCAUACAAAUCGGGAAGGCCUUGCGCGGACUGCCCAAACGCUUGUGACAACGGACUCUGCACAAAUCCUUGCAAACAUGAUGAUAAGUACAGCAACUGUGCUGAUUUAAAAAGAUCUCCUGGAUGCAACAAUGCACAAGUGAAGGAGUGGUGCCCUGCUUCUUGCCAAUGCACCACGGAAAUCAAAUAG